GCAUGGGAUAGUUUGUUUGUAGAGGGCGGCGGAUUUUUCGUCCAUCCCUCCAUAGCACCAGAGAGGUCUGUCUUCUCGACAUUCCAUCAAAUGCACUGUUUAGAGCAAAUCUGGAGGAGCUGGUGGCUCCUCUAUGACCAAAAAUACGGAACACCUGCUGAAACAGACCAAAGCCAAAGGAGGACAAGCCAUCUGCAUGCCCCCGAUGACAGUGGACAACAUCAUCAUCAGGGCGCAAAACCUGCCCAUUUCAAUCACUGCGUUGAGCUGAUUCGUAAUGUCCUCAUGUGUCAGCCUGAUUUAACCGUUGAGGUUGCGGAUCCUCAGACCGGUGGGGUAACGGGCUUUGACACCGAACACCGGUGCCACAACUGGAACGAUUUGCUGAGUUGGACAAAGAAACAGCAAGUAAUGCUGUAG